AUCAAAAGAUGUCAAAAUAGUUCAUUGGUCAAAAGUCAACAAAACAAAAACAAACAACAAAAAUAUUCAUAAAAAAUAGAAAAUAAAAAUUGCAAAUUGGAGAAAAUAUAAUAAUUGAUCAGAACUAAACUAAAGCCACAAAAAACAGGAGAUUGAAAAAAUGGCAUCAGAUGAGGAGGAUCCUUAUUGCCAAGUCGCUGUGGGAAAGCUCAAACUCAAAAAGGAUGGUGGUAUCAAGAAGAAAAAAAAGAAAAAGAACAAAAAGCUUUUGGAGCAAGUGUCCAAAACCAUUGAGACCACUGAGGAAGCAAACGAAUCACUAGAAAAAGUUGCAACUACAAAGACAAAGGCUGAACUUGCCUUUUUACAACAACAGGAGAAAAUGAGAACACAGAGAAUAUUAGAGAAGGCCUCAAUGACACACAAGGAGAGAGUAGAAAAAUUCAAUCAACAUUUAGACAGUCUCACAGAACACUUUGAUAUUCCUAAAGUAUCAUGGACAAAAUAAACUUCUGUAUUGUUUACAUUUAAAAAUAAUUAUAUUUAUAGUGGUUUCAAGCUAACAUCAAUAUAACAAAAUUUAAUAAACUUUAUUUAUUCUUUUUAUGUGUAUCAACAAUUUCCUUCAAAACCAUUUUAAGACUUCUUCCAAAACUUUCAUGAGAAAAGUUCUGGUCUAAUUUUUUCUUUCCUUCAACACCCAUAUUUUUUGAAUCUUCAGUGACGAUUCUGUACAUGAACUGGGCCAAACUAUCGGCAGUUGGUUCACACAAGUAUCCAGUUACACCAUGAUCUACAGUUUCCCUUGGUCCACCACUGUUCAUUGCAAUUACAGGUUUUGAUACUAACAUUGCUUCUAAGGGCACUAUACCGAAAUGUUCUUUAAGAGGAGUAUACAGUAAUGCAGUGCAAGAUGUUAACAAAUCCACUUUCAAACUGUCUGAGGGCGAUUUUAAAAAUAUCAUUUUAUUUUCAAGAUUUUUCUCUUGCACAAGUUUUGAGAGUUCUUCAAAUGUAUCCGCAUUCGUUUUAUUGAUAGGAUCAUAUCCACCAGCAAUAAUACAAAAAAUCCUAUCCCAUUCCUCUUUGGUUGAUAUUGAUUUUAAUUUAUCCAUAGCAUUUACAGCAAAAUCCAAUCUUUUAGCUGGAUGAAAACGGUUGAUUGAUAAAAACACUGUUAAAUUAUUCUUUUCUGAUCCAAUAUCCACUACUUCACCUAUAGGUUUUAUUGUUUUCAAUUUCUGAACACUUUCUUUGAAAGACCAGGCAAUGGUGGGAUAUAAAAUUUGAAUAGGUUUUUGAAUUUCUGGAAAUGUUCUUCUGAAAAUAGAUGCGGUAUAGUUGCUGUUGACUAGAAUAAUAUCAGCCAAUGCUGUGGCUUUUAAUUCGACCCAAUCAAUUGGCUUACGAUAAAUUUUCUUCAGUUUACCUCCUGGUGGCGAAGCCAGUAAAUCUGGAUGAUGGCAAUAGUAAAUCACUUUUUUGUUGGCUAAUUUUAAAAAAGGUAUAGCAGUAGGAAUUAAAUCGACAAAAUAUAAAUCUGGCAUAAAUUCACUUUGUCCAAAGAGGAUGUAGACUAUAGUUAGAUAAACUAUACGGAUAUAGGCAAGCAACGCUUGGCAUCUGCCAAAUAUUGUUCUUGGUAUCCAGUCACCGUAAACCACCACUGGAAAUUCUUCGUUUUUCAGUUCUUCAAAUGCAUGGUUUUUGUCGUAAUGAUUUGUAAUGAAAAGUAUGUCGUGGUUUUGCUUUUUCAAGGCUCCGGCGACGUCCAGGACUAGUCUUUCGGCUCCUCCGAUUCCUAAAUCCGGAUGAAUAAAUGCAAUUUUCAGUCUCUUUUGGGAACCCAUUUUCGUUUAUCACAGAAGAUAGAUACUGGCCACGUUAUAUCAUACUUUUCUUGAAAUGAUGAAGUGGAUACAGUAGAGUAGAUUUUUCUAAUCAAACUGAUACAGUAUUCGUAUUGAUAAAAAUUAUUUGAUUUGAUUUGAAUGGUUAUUGAAAAAACAUACCCAAGGCACAACACAACAGUCACCUGAGUGACGUCACAACAACAUGCACAGCUGGCCGCUAGCUGCAGCCGCG